AUGGCGCUCGCAGGGGCUUUGAUCUACUUCAACUUCUACGAGCUGCUUCCGCAGCGCGCUACACCGCAUGUCGACAAGAACAAAGAGAACCCUCAGGCAAAGCUCCUUGAGGAGAAAGCGACGGAGGUCAAGGAGGCGUGGGACCUGCUCGUCCAGAAGAUGAGCGUAGCCGCCCACUCCGCCACAGCGGAGCCGGCGGCUCGACCCGCUCUUCGAAUCUUGGAGGAGCGCGGCCGCAGUCUCUGCUCCGAGAUGCAAGGCAUGCUCCGCGUGGCGCUGCGCGCUGCAUGA